AUGUCCAAUGGCUCACCGACGGUGCGUUCGAAGUCGUCCUUCCACUUCGCAGCCGGCCUCGGGUCCGGCGUCCUCUCGGCGGUGCUUCUACAGCCGAUCGAUCUACUCAAGACACGAGUGCAGCAAGGCGGUAGGGCAGGAAGAGGGAGCGGCGUUACAGGCUUGUCCGGUGGCCUCGGCAGCAUUAGCACUGGGGGACACACGCUGAGUGCGGCCAUCGCGGAGCUGCGGGCGUCGUCGGCGCAUCUCAUACCCGCGCUAUGGCGCGGGGCGCUGCCGUCGGCGCUGCGCACCGGCUUUGGGUCCGCCAUCUAUUUCAGCAGCCUCAACGCGAUCCGGCAGAACGUCGCGCGUGCACGACUGCCCGUUCUGACCGACACUGCCAGUCUGGCAGCAACUGGCUCGUCGUCGUCGUCCCUCCCGAAACUCUCCAACACGGGCAACCUCGCCGCGGGCGCCGUGGCCCGCUCACUCGCCGGCUUUGUGCUGAUGCCAUUGACGGUGCUGAAAGUGCGCUAUGAGAGUAGCAUGUACGCCUACACAUCGCUGGCGGGCGCCGCGCGAGACAUGGCGCGCGCCGAGGGACUGCGCGGGUUCUUCGCGGGGUUCGGGGCUACGGCGAUUCGAGACGCACCCUACGCCGGUCUGUACGUGCUGUUUUACGAGCAGAGCAAGCGGCGGCUGAGCGCCCUCUACGGUGGGACAACGAGCUCAAGUGACGGGACGGCAACAGAAACUCCCCGUCCACAAGCUAUGGGCGUGUCCCGCGCAGCGGGCAUCAACUUCGCGUCGGGCGCCGUGUCCGGGAUAGUUUGCAGCAUCAUCUCGAACCCGUUCGACGCCGUCAAGACGCGCAUCCAACUGCAGCCGGGCGCAUACCGCAACCUCGUGCAGGCCGGGCGCCGCCUGGUGGCCGAGGAAGGGUUCCGCGCCCUGUGGGACGGCCUCGCCCUGCGCAUGAGCCGCAAGGCCCUCAGCUCCGCCCUGGCCUGGACCGUCUACGAGGAGCUGAUCCGCCGCGCAGAGGUCACCUGGAGCGACCGCACCGCGCAGAGGAGUCUGUGA